GCCUGAGAAGGCAUCCUACGCUCCGCCCCUGCCUCUUGGAAACACCCAGCCUGCUGCGUUCACACUGGGUGCAAACACAGUACAGUGACUAAUCCAGGCGUGUUUCAACAGAUGGUUAGAUCGGGCCUAAUUCAGUCAUCGCAGUUGAAUGAGGUUGAGAGGAGAAACCCUUGAGAUGCCUUUUCGGAGCUGUGUGGUCUUGGAGCUUGCUGGCAUUAUUAACGGGGUCCCUUUCUGAGCAGCCCCGCGUCCCACAACUGAGGGCAGCCUGACUGAUCAAGGUGGACACAUAUUCUACAGCAAAUGAGCAAAUUGGCUGUGAGCAGAUUUCCAUCACCAGUGUGACCUGUUCCUCUCUCAAAAUACAGAAAUUCAAGGUAAACUCCAGGAGUGCAUGUUCAAAAUCUGAGAGUGAUUUAUUCUGCGUUCAACAGAGCCUUGCCAGAACAUUUGACCAAAGAAAAAUUUCAGGAGCCAGCCUAGAUAAAGGGAAGAUUCGCUGGAAGGUCACGAGAAGUGAAGGGAAACACAAUGUCACAUUCAAGGCUUGUGCUGGGAUUGAUCAUGCUGGGGGUCACCGUCUUUCUGAGUCCGAGUCGGGCUCUGCUCUCUCAACGACUGAAAGGUCGCUUUCAGCGAGAUCGCAAGAACAUCAGACCAAAUAUUAUCCUCAUCUACACAGAUGACCAGGACGUGGAACUUGGCUCGUUGGAAGCAAUGAACAAGACGCGGAGGAUCAUGGAACAAGGCGGCGCCCAUUUCACAAACGCUUUUGUGACCACGCCCAUGUGUUGCCCUUCGAGGUCGUCCAUGUUGACGGGGAAAUACGUCCACAACCACAACACCUACACCAACAACGAGAACUGCUCCUCAACCUCCUGGCAGGUCACACACGAACAACGCACCUUUGCUGCGUACCUGAACAGCACUGGCUACAGAACAGCAUUCUUUGGAAAGUAUCUGAACGAGUACAAUGGCAGCUACAUUCCACCUGGUUGGCGUGAGUGGGUUGGAUUAAUCAAGAACUCUCGCUUCUACAAUUAUACACUUAAUAGGAACGGCGUAAAGGAGAAGCACGGAUUUGAGUAUUCAAAGGACUACCUAACGGACUUGAUCACAAAUGACAGCAUCAAUUAUUUUAAGUUAUCGAAGAAGAUUUAUCCACACCGCCCGGUGAUGAUGCUACUAAGUCACGCUGCACCUCACGGACCAGAGGACUCUGCUCCACAGUUCUCCAACCUCUUUCCAAAUGCCUCCCAGCAUAUCACGCCCAGUUACAAUUACGCUCCCAACCCAGACAAGCAUUGGAUCAUGAGGUACACUGGCCCCAUGAAGCCCAUCCACAUGGAGUUCACCAACAUGCUUCAGAGGAAGCGGCUACAGACAUUGAUGUCCGUCGAUGAAUCCAUUGAAAAGGUCUUUAACAUGCUGGUUGAAUUGGGCGAGGUAGACAACACGUACAUCAUUUUCACGGCCGACCAUGGCUACCACAUCGGACAGUUUGGCCUCGUGAAAGGGAAGUCCAUGCCGUACGAGUUUGACAUUCGCGUGCCGUUUUUUGUGCGGGGACCAAACGUGGAGCCAGGAUCAAUCGUUCCUCAACUGGUUCUAAACAUAGAUCUGGCACCAACGAUAUUGGACAUUGCAGGCCUGGACAUUCCAGCUGACAUGGACGGCAAAUCGAUUCUGAAGCUGCUGGACACUGAGAAACCUGUGAACAGGUUCAACUCAAACAAGAAGACCAAGGUUUGGCGAGAUUGCUUCCUGGUGGAGAGAGGCAAGCUGCUGCACAAAAGAGACGACAUCAAGAACAUUCAAGAGGAAAAUGUCCUCCCUAAAUACGAAAGAGUGAAAGACCUUUGCCAGAAAAUGGAGUACCAGACACCUUGCGAGCAGCUCGGCCAGAAAUGGCAGUGUGUCGAGGACGCCACGGGAAAGCUUCGUCUGCACAAGUGCAAGAGAGUGUUGGAGACUGCAGCCACCCACAAGAAGAGCUCGGGCCGACUGCAGUCCAAGUACUACCCCGCUGACGGGCGAGACUGCAACUGCGAGCAGAACGGGUACAAAAUGAGCCCGGCCGCCCGGCAGAAACAGAAACAGAAACUACUCUCCAAGAGAAAAUUUAAGCAGAGCUACAUACGCAACAGGUCGAUCCGUUCUGUGUCCAUUGAGCUGGAGGGAGAGGUUUAUGACCUGGAUCUGGACGAGGGGUUCGACCCAGUUGUGCCGAAGAACGUGAGCAAGCGACACGACGCGGUGGACGAGGAAGACGAAAACAUGAGCGAAAGCAGCGGCACCGGCAACAGUAACGAACUAGCGGUACCGACUUCAAUCAAAGUCACGCACAAGUGCUUCAUAUUGGCUAAUGACACUGUCCAAUGUGAUGAUGAUUUGUACAAAUCACUUCAAGCAUGGAAGGAUCACAAGUUACAUAUUGACCACGAGAUUGAAACCCUCCAAACCAAAAUAAAGAAUCUACGAGAGGUCAGGGGUCACCUGAAAAAAAAGAGACCUGAAGAAUGUGACUGUUCGAGGAUGAGUUUCCCCUCGAAGCAUAAAGGAAUGAAAGGAAAACUCAAGCACAAAGGAACUAAUCAUCCCUUCAAGAAAGGAGGCCCGGAGAAAAGUGAGAAUGCCUGGAUAUUUAAGGACGAAAGGAAAAAAAAGAAGAUGCGAAAACUGCUGAAGAGGCUGAGGAAUAACGACACCUGCAGUAUGCCUGGCCUCACCUGCUUCACUCACGACAACCAGCACUGGCAGUCAGCCCCAUUUUGGACAUUGGGGCCGUUCUGUGCAUGUACCAGUGCAAACAACAACACCUACUGGUGUCUGAGGACAUUCAAUGAGACCCACAACUUCCUCUUCUGUGAGUUUGCCACCGGAUUCCUGGAGUAUUUUGACCUCAACACGGACCCAUACCAGCUGAUGAACGCAGUGAACACGCUAGACCGAGAUGUUUUGAACCAGCUGCACGUGCAGCUAAUGGAACUCCGAACCUGCCGUGGCUUUAAGAAGUGUAACCCACGCACCAGGAAUAUGGACACAGGAGAAAAAGAUGAAGAAAAGUUUGAUCAAUACAGGCAAUAUCAGCGUCGGAAAUGGCCCAAAACGAAGAGACCACACUCCAAGUCCCUAGGACAACUCUGGGAAGGAUGGGAAGGCUAGACUGAACACAUGCCUCAGCAACAAAAUCAACUGGUGACAACUUGAUAGUCUCUGCAGACAAGAAGAUGAUCCUAUACGAUUAUGGACUGUAUCUUAUUUUCCACCUCAAAGAUUGGAUAAACUAUGGGGCUGAUGUAGAUAGAACAUUUGCACUGUUGGGAAAUGUUAACAGAAACAAUAGACUCUUGAGGGGCCAAGUAUAUAAUUGAGGGUGGAAGAUCGCAACCUACUGGUUAUUAGUCUGUCUGUUCAACACAUUUCAUUACUCUUCACAAACCAUCAUUUCGGCUUUCCGUCAUCCUGGAAUCAUAGCGAAAAUACCAUUCAUUUUACAUGGCGCGCUGGACUUGUAGCCUACUCCCGCUGCUAGUGCAGGUUGCCAGUAACAAAGUCAUGCUAAUUCCAGCCGCGGCUUCUUUGGAAAGCAAAGGAAAAAGUUGAAGAUUGGAACCAAAAAAAAACAAAAAAAAAAGUGUCGGCGCGGGAAACGUACUUGAAUGGAACAGUCGGAGGUGAAAGCAACCAGGGAAGAUCGUGCAGAAAAAUUGAAUAAUUUUGACAUGAAACAGAACUAAAUGCUUUGAUAAUGUUUAACGAUUUUUGCAAUUACCAGCAUAAUUCUGAGAAUUCUGCUUCGUUGCCAUGACUGCAUGUUUACUCAGUUUCAGCCCAAUAUUUCUACACACCUCGCGAUUAAGGAAGAGAAGCUUCCGUUCAAUAAGUUAUAUCUUGUAAAUAUUUUACCAUCAAUGAAGUUCAUACGAGUGGUUUAGAAUUUAAGCCGAGCAAAUUGGAAUGCCCAAAUACAUGGAACUGGAUGUUAUUUGAAAUGUUGCUGUUUUGAUUUAUCUAAUUGUUGUUGAAUUUUAAAUUCGUUUCUCAGGUUGAACUGUUAACGUUUCAUAUAUUUAUGGUCUGGUUGAAGUUUGACUGUACAUCACUGAUGAGAGUGAAAA